AUGUCACACUUGAUCGGGACAGCUGGCCUGCAAUCUGCCAGUGGUUCGACCAAGCAAAGUGACAGCAUCCUGCAGCAAAUCAAAGACUUCCAGCUGAACCCAGACUCUCACUCCGGUGACUAUAUUGGACAUCCAUACGCAGUCGGGUUCGACCCUGCAUGGGGGCUCUCAGCGAACAAGGUCUCCUUUUACAACUCCUUCAAGAUGAAGCUUUCCAUCAUCUUCGGUGUCAUCCAGAUGGUGUUUGGCGUGUUACUUUCGAUUUUCAAUCACAGGUACUUCAAGCGGCCCCUGAACCUCUGGUUUGAGUUCCUCCCACAGCUCGUGUUUUUGUCCGCUUUCUUUGGCUAUAUGGUCGUCUUAGUGUUCUUCAAGUGGGCUUACUACUCGGCCGAUGAGGCUGGGUGUGCUCCCUCCGUCCUCAUCACCCUCAUUAAUAUGGUCCUGCUGAAAACUCCACCGGCAUGCGAUCCGGCCACCACUCCGGGAUGCUGUGAUCCGUACAUGUUUGCCGGACAGGAAUCCCUACAAAAGAUCUUCGUGCUACUACUUCUCAUCUGCAUUCCAUUGAUGCUGUUUCCCAAGCCUUUGCUCCUCUUGAGGCAGAGUAAAAAGCGUAUGGCCAAGCAAAGCACCGUCACUAAGGAAACAAAUGGGAGCAACGUGGGGACUGGAGAUGGAACUACCGUCUUGGUGGAGACGGGUGGUGAACAUGAAGGAGGAGGAGGAGGAGGGCAUGGACACGGCGAUGACGAACCAUUUGAUUUUGGGGAGACGUUUGUGCAUCAAGCUAUUCAUACCAUUGAAUACUGCUUGGGUACCAUAUCUCACACGGCAUCUUAUCUCCGACUUUGGGCCCUCUCCCUUGCUCAUUUCCAACUUCAUAUCAGUUCCCAGCUGGAUACCCAACAGCAGAACAGUACCGGGUGGGACUUAAGGUGA